AUGAAGCUGUUCUCGUUUCUUCUCGCCGCUGUUGUCGCCGCAACGCUCACCUCUGUGGAGGCUGGCAAGAUCAAUCAUGACAAGGUGCAGCCAUUCCCUCAGCCGGUUCCCAUCACCGCCUCGGAGAAGGCUGCCAUCAAGUUCAAACCGAGUCUCCAGAUAGUCAAAGGAUGCCACCCGUACCCUGUCGUUAAUGCGGCGGGUGAGACGAGCGGGGGGCUGAAAGGAACUGGGAAACCCGACGGCGAAUGCAAAGGAUCAAGUCUUGGGUCGCAAGUGUCGGCCGCGCUGACUGGUACAAGGGCAAGUUUGCCAUCCUGUACGCGUGGUAUUUCCCUAAGGACCAAGGUUUAUGGUCUUGGAUCGGUGCCGGGCCUGGGCACAUGUGACCCUGUGUUCGACUCCUACCCCGGGAAGGCCUGCCGAAGAUCAAGUUUGCGUCCGUUGGAGUGCGAGCUCUAG